GUUGCUUGUUCGAAUAUGUCAUCGGUGAUGCGAGGCGCUCACUUUGUUAGUAAUAGGCGUGUUUGGCAUCAUGGAUUCCGAGCAAGAAAUCAAGCUUUUCGGAAAGUGGAGUGCUGAUGAUCUGAAUGUACAUGAUCUCAGUUUAACUGAUUACAUCAACAUCAAGCGAAAAGGAAAUCCAAUCGUUCCACAUACUGCUGGUCGCUAUCAAGUUAAACGGUUUCGUAAAGCAUUGUGUCCUUUAGUGGAGCGCAUGUGCUGUUCUCUUAUGAUGCAUGGUCGCAAUAAUGGAAAGAAAGUCAAGGCGAUAAACAUUCUAAAACAUACCUUCGAAAUUAUACACUUGCUUUCUGGUGAGAACCCAAUCCAUGUGCUCGUCAAUGCUGUGCUUAACAGUGGUGCAAGAGAAGAUUCAACUCGUAUUGGUCGUGGUGGUACUGUCCGACGUCAAGCAGUUGAUGUCUCUCCUCUACGACGAGUGAACCAGGCAAUUUAUCUUUUGUGUACCGGAGCUAGAGAAGCAGCCUUCAGAAAUGUUAAGACCAUAUCUGAAUGCCUAGCCGACGAACUUCUUAAUGCCGCUAAAGGCAGCUCAAAUUCCUAUGCAAUCAAAAAGAAGGAUGAGUUGGAACGUGUCGCCAAAUCCAACCGUUGGGUUGACCAACGUCGAUAAACAUUUACACGUAUUUUCAGGACAUAGUGGUAUCUACAAUUGUCUUUUGGAUGCACUGAUUAUAAAUAAAUUAUUUCAGUAAAUGUUCUUUGUUGGUACCUACGUUAAUAUGCGCGAAUCAUUCUUUUUUCUGAAUACAAACUGUUGAGAGUAAUAAUUUCCUCUGUAAAUGAAAAUUUCAGUAACCAUUGAGUGGACUACUCAUCUAUUUUCGGUAGUGAAACAAGAGAAACGAUUGUGAUUAGUCUGAACGAUCUUUGUUGAUCUGAUCUUGACAUAAGGCAGCUGCAUCUUCAUUUCUGAAACAAUUAUUAUAUCUCUUGUUGGUCCCACUGGUUAUGUGUUCACUUGGAAUUUUUCCGUUCAAGAUUCUGAAAAUAGGCAGUUUUCCUAAUUAAACUUCAUAUGUCUAUUAAGACAGUACGAGAAUUUGGAUGAUUCCUCUUGAAGAAUGUAAAAGUGGGAAAAUUCUUUGAUGUGUUGUAAUAAUGAGUUCCAGUUCGAUGCUCAUUAUCUAAGAACGUGCAUCAUAUUCCAUGGGGAUCACGUUCAAACUAUAUCGAAAGUGAAGGCAUUGUGUUUGUAAAUUGUGUUCGAAAUAAUUUCAACAAUUAAAAUUUAAAUCUCAACGUUCCAUCCAGCAAACGUCUCUGGACUUUUUCAAGGUAAUAAUCAAAAUUAAUCAAAUUACUUACUCCUGUUACUCCUCAUGAAAGAGCAUAGGCCGCUCACCAGCAUUUUCCAUCCAACCCUGUCCUGAGCAAUCCUUUCCAGUUGUUAUUCAUCCUUUUCAUAUCUGCUAUUUCCUGACGUAAUGUGUUCUUUGGCCUUCCUCUUUUCCGCUUCCCUUCAGGACUUCAAGUUAGGGCUUGCCUCGUGAUGUAGUUUGAUGAUUUGCGUAAUGUAUGUCCUAUCCAUUUCCAUCGUCUUUUCCUAAUUUCUUCUUCAGCUGGAAGUUGGUUUGUUCUCUCCCACAGAAGGCUAUUGCUGAUGGUAUCCGGCCAAUGGAUGUUGAGUAUCUUGCGAAGACAGCUAUUUAUAAAUACUUGUACCUUCUUGAUGGUGGUUGUUGUAGUUCUCCAAGUUUCAGCUCCAUACACUAGAACUGCCUUGACGUUCGUAUUGAAGAUUCUCACUUUGAUA